AUGUGGAACUAUUUAAUAUUACUAUGGAACAAUUAUAUUCAGCAGGGAAGAGAAAAAAUAGGAGUGCAGGAAGAUCAAAGAUUUAGGGAACUUUUCUGGCAAAAUGUGCAGACAGUAUGGACAGAAUUUAAGGAAUUCAUGGAGCAGGCCGACUAUGAUAUACUCAGUGAAUUGUGCCAGGCAGGGCGCGAUGCCAUGACUGGGCGCGGGUGGACUGCUGAGGACAUGGGUAUAUGCGAGAUGGCGCUUAUAGCGUUACGCUUUAAACAUGGCAUGCGUGCAACGGGGGCCCCUAUGAACCGGGAAUACAAGACAAACGACGAAAAGCAGAUAGACCUCUAUAUGAGGUGCAUCCUGACAAAUAUAUUUAUGAAAAAAAUAAUGGGCAUGCAGUGUUUAUCGGGACCUGGUGGCCAGUUUGCUUUCAAUCUUGUUCAUGGCGAAAUACAGAGCGUUCUCAAACAACAGGUAGGUAAUGUGGAGUGUGAGUGGAAGGAUGCAGGGAUAGGGGGAGAUGGCACUGGAAGAGGUGAAAAGGAUAGAGAUUUGUGGGAAGUAAUGAAAAGAUGGCAUGAAAACAAUAGACUGACAGCAGGAGAUGGGGAUUGGGGAGUGUUGGGGGACGGGUGUAGGGUGCAAACGGGAUCCAAAGCGAAAGUACGGGAUGGCGACACAAGGCAGGCGUUGAAGGACACAGUCCAGGAAGAAAUAAAGAAUGUGGAGCAGGAUUUAGGGAAGACGGUGCCGGAAAUAAUAACAGCCGUGAAAACAUGUACUGCAGGGGAUAAGGAUUGUGUAAAGAACUUAUUAAAGGCAAAGAAAGCGGCAGCAGACGCGAAGAGCAACAAUAAGGGGACGCAGUCCCCUUCGAAUGUGCACACAGGAAAAGAACACGGACAGUCAAAUGGGCCAGGAGCAUCAGAUACAUCAGGAGCAAACAGUGGACCGCGUCCAGGCGCCCAACCCGCCCCUGCCAAACCAGCACCACCACCUGUCGACAACGCAGCCGGCAACAAACCGAAGUCACCCGCCAAACCAGUAGCGGCGAAACCGGCACCGUCAGGCGCAGGGGGCACGCAGGCGAUCGGUACCGCAGCUGCCACAGCAACGGAAUGUCAGGGAGACAAAUUAUUGGAGUGGAGGCCUCCGGAAAAAUAUGUGGUGCUUCCAUAUAGUGAUGCUGACUGGGACCGGGUGAAGAAGGUAUUGCAGGAGUUUAUGGAGUACUUGGAGCAACAUGAUCAUGACUUUGACGGACUCGGUGCCAAUUGCGAUAAUAAAGGUUGGAAUGAUUUCGGUGAUGGUAACCUAUAUAAGGAACAAAGAGUAGCGGACAUGAUGAGGUGUCGACUCAUGUCCGGUGCGUUGUGGUUUGCUAAUGGUGAUAACGUACAGCAGACAAAUGCGCAAGGAGGAAGUACAUCCAUGGAUGAAACGGAGGAAAAGCUAAGGUGUGAGGUCGUCCAAGUCUUCGGUCAUCUGCUCAAAAAUAUGUACUGCAAAGGAAGGCAAACAUGGUAUAGAGGUAUAGAGUAUGCUUGGGAAACAUUCCAGAACAUGGGGGAUGAGAAAUUAGGAAAGGGACUGCCACCUGGGCCUGUUACGGACAAGAGGUGCACAAUGUGUGGAUAUGUAGGUCAUAAAAGGAAUGUGGAAGCAGUAGAUUUGAAAAUUGCAUACUGGCUAAUGAAGGAAGGAGGCAUAUUGGGAGAAAUAACGCAAAUGGAGAAGAAAAUGCCCUGUGAGAAGUAUUGGCAAGAGUAUAUUGAGGCAGGGGCGUCACCACGCGACCCUAUGGACAAACUUUUGAACGAAACAGGGAAGGCAAAAAUGCAGGAUAUAAAGAAGGACAUAGUAAAGAAAGCAACGAAGGUGUUUGAUAAGGCGAAGGAAGCAGUAGAAAAGAAAAUAACACAACUGGCAGCGAAGGAGGCGGCACCGAAGACAGAGGGGUCCCGCGCAGACCAGACAACGACGAAGGAGGACACAGCUUCGUUACCGUCACCCGGGGCAGCAGAAGUAGCAAGAAUAGAUGACUCAGCAGCUGAGGACGCGGUACCAGCAGCGGCACCACCGGCUGCACCCGCAUCAGCCGCACCGGCCGCAGCAGGAUCAGGAGCAGUCGGCCAAGGACCAGGACCGGGACAACAACCCCCACCUCCUACACCACCACCACGGGCACCAGACCACGGGACGACAGGAACCGCAUCCGGUAUAGACAGUACCAGUACUGGAACGGGUGCAGGUACGGGAAGUACUGGCAAUGCAGGAACAGGGUCAACGGCAGCACCAUCGGGAACACCUCAGACAGAAGGUAAGAAAUCAGGGACAGCAUGUGUCACUAAUAUAAAUGAAGAGAGCACACAUAGUAUGUACGCUGGCAAGCACACAGUACGUCUGAGCAUUUCCUUCACUAACACGGAUCCGACGUCUGGUUGCUCAGGAAGUGGUACCCCAGGUAGUGAACCAUCGGUUGCCGACCAUGUGGUCAACGGUAGUCAAUCAACAACCACCGCUGAAAACGUCAGUUUCAUCAUGCUCUUCUUCUUCUUUCUGCCAUAUUUUCUAUGUGCAGCUAAUCCUAAAGCUACAAUCGAGGAACCCGCAGUACAAGUUACCACGGAAGGAACAACAGAUACGAUCACUCCGUCAGCCUCAGACUCGCGUUCAGAGCCAGGAACGACAAAUUUGCAAGAUGGUGAAACUACUGCUGCUACUGGGCACACACGUGCAACCAAUCAACCUAACUUAGGUGAUACAACAAUGUUCGGAGAUUUCAAAACAACAUCAGGCACCUUGUGCCUACUUGACAGCACUGAUACAGAAUAUAGUAAAGGCGGGUGCACCUCCUCCUCUAAUUCGGGUACUGCGCAGGCGAGGAACCCAUCAAGAGAGGCCUCUUCUAGUGAGAACAAGGUUACCACAGAUGGUACUGGUAAGACUACAGCUCCCACGGAAGAUUUUACCGGUCUCCUUCUGAAUAGCCCUGGUAUCUUCACACAGGGUAAUCCUGGUGGUGGAUAUGCGUCCAGUAAACCACCAUAUAUAGAUCACAAGGGAAACACUGAAGAGACCUCAACAGUCAGCCCCAUCCCAGAUGUUCCUGACCUAACCGACACCGUCCUUACCGCCACUACUCCCAUCCUGUUUUUUCUCAUUUUCGUCACCGUUGCCCUUCUUGGUUAUUCCCUUUGGAAGUACUUUGCGUACCUCGCCAAACGACGACGAACAUAUCGAACUAUACGUGACGUGCCGUCACCGCCACUCGACGAAGACAUAUUGCAACAUCUACAACGCGGCGAACUACCGCCACCCGAUUACGGGUACACGAUGGUUACGCCACCUGCGUCAACAUCCGGUAGAGCACGCCCACCACGCGUGCAUAAGCGCACCAUCAUCGAGCUACAUCUAGAAGUGCUCAACGAGUGUGAAGAAACCGCAUGGGAAAACGUCAAAGACGACUAUUGGCAGAUACUCGUGCAGGAGUUUGCACAUGACUUGGAGCAGCACGACGACACGAAUAACAACAUCUUGGGUGUUUCUACCUCGCACGACGCUUUAGCAACCGGCCAUUCGACCACGCUCGAUGCACCCACUGAGUCCGACGGCAUAGAUCCAUGUCCACCGACUGAACACUACCCCGAUCCAUGGAGUUGUAUACAAUACAUACAGUUGGAUGCAGAACAGAAUGCUCAUUCCAACCCCGAACACGGUGACGCGACGUCGUACUGCACCCACUGGAUUAACUGGAUUGACCGCAACAAACAUAUUCUGCGGGCGUGCACGACGCAGCCGUGGUUUCACACCCUCAAAUUGGAAUGGAAACAAUAUUAUCAACAACAUUCGGCUACCGCCAACAACGGGCAGCGUGCACGCGGUGCGCCCGGUAAUAUCCCGUCCGCAGACAUGACGAAACUGCGGUUGUGGAGAGAAUGGGUCGCACAGCAACAUCGGCAAAUGAGUAUGUAUGGCCCGGAGGAGUGGUUUAAGCAUUUGUUGAAUAAUGUAGAGGACCAGACAGUGUCGGACAAAGGCGAAGUAUCAGUAGUCCAAAAAGACUUAGAAGUGGAAAAUGCAAUGGCCGCAGAAGAUAUGCUACACGUGAGAGAUGUACCACGGUCGCAAUCACUGCAUCCGCAAUCUUACAUGAAACAACUAAUAGCCCAAUUGUGGAUGCUGCUCCUCGCGUCCGUAAUCGAAGAAUGUGAAAUCGAGAGAAGUAUGCAAGAGAAGGAGUUAUAUUUGGAUGCCCUAUUGCAGCAAUUGUGA